CAGUCGCCGUCUUAUAUGUCGCUCGUCGGUGGCGACAUGCACCGCACAAAUUUUUCUAUGUGUGACCUUAUAUAUGUCAUCCAUUCCUUUGGAAAUAGAAAGCCGCGAACUCGGAGCAGGCUCGUCGACACGACCACACAGUGUUGUCGGAAGCGCGAAAUCUUCAGUCAAAGAUCAUGGCAAUCAUUCGGAUGCGGUCUUGGAUGCUGAGCAAGCCGUUGGAGUCCUUCCAGGGCCUCCAGUCGACCUAAGGAAGGGCGGUCUUCACAGAGGUCUGUCUACCCGACAGGUCUCGAUGAUCGCCAUAGCUGGUACUAUUGGAACUGGUCUGUUCCUCGGAACGGGAAGAUCAUUAGCGCAAGGUGGUCCUGCGAGUAUGCUAAUAUGUUAUAGCAUCGUCGGAUUUGUAGUGUAUAUCACCCUUCUGCUGCUUGGGGAGAUGGGGACACAGUAUCCUGUUGCAGGAUCCUUUAACGCGUAUGCUGUGCGUUUCUUCUCUCCUUCAUAUGGCUUCGCUCUCUCGUGGAACUACUGGUUCAACGAUGCUGUAUCCGUCGCGUCCGACCUCACCGCAGCCCAACUUGUACUGCAAUACUGGACAACUUGGCACACUUGGGUCAUUAGUCUCAUAUUCUGGGUGUUCCUGGUCAGCAUAAACGCCAUUCACGUGAAAGCCUAUGGCGAGCUGGAGUACUGGCUGUCUUCGUUAAAAGUCGCAACCAUCAUCGUGUUCAUCAUUGUCGGUAUACUUGUCAAUGUCGGUGUCAAUCAAGCACAUCAGUAUAUUGGUGGUCACAACUGGACUAUUCCUGGUGCGCCCUUUGUUGGGGGAUUCGGCGGAUUCGCCAGAGUUUUCGUCACUGCCAGCUUUGCUUAUGGUGGCACGGAGAGUCUGGGAGUAACUGCUGGCGAAACAAAGAACCCGACUCGCAACAUGCCUCGAGUCGUCAAAUUUGUUUUCUGGAGGAUCUUAAUAUUCUAUAUCAUCAGCAUCCUACUAAUUGGACUGAAUGUACCAUAUACCUACCCUGGUCUUUCUAACAAGACGACCACAACCUCUCCAUUCACGAUUGUCUUCAGCGAAGUCGGAGCCACCACUGCUGGUUCCUUCAUGAACUCUGUAAUCCUCACCUCAGUCCUCUCGGCUGGUAACCACGCUCUCUUUGCAGGUACUCGGGUCCUUUACGGUCUCGCAUCGACACAGCCUGUCGCUCAAGCACCUAGAUUCUUCGCCAAGACCACGAAAGCAGGCGUUCCAAUAUAUGCGCUAUUCGCUACAAGUAGUAUUAGUAUACUCUGCUUUGGGAGUAGUUUCAUUGGAAGUGGACAGCUUUGGGGAUGGCUGCAGAACAUCGUCGGCGUUUCGAAUCAGAUUGCUUGGCUGAGUAUUGGACUCGCCAGUCUUCGAUUCAGACAAGCAUGGAUUCGUCAGGGCCGUCCUUUGAGUGAACUCAAGUUCCGGUCACGUUGGACAUGGCCAUGGGGUCCUUACUUCGUCAUCAUCACUGUCUCCGUCAUCAUCCUAGUUCAAGGCUGGUCAUCCAUAUUCCCCACCUUCUCAGUAGUCGACUUCUUCUCAUUCUACAUCGAACUCCCCGUCAUGCUCAUAAUGAGUCUCGGAUGGUUCAUCGGUCGAAGAAUAUAUCGAAUACCCCUCAAACAUCGACAACACAACCUCAACAAUAACUCUACAUAUCCGAAUUACCAGAGUACCGAACACACUACCCACGUUACCCCUACGAUUUCUGAAAGUCUCCCUACACCUAUACCUUCAUCUGCGUCACAUACCCCGAGGAGCCGGUUUGCACGGUUACGACGUUUACAUGAUUUGGUCGAUACCCGAACGGUAGACCUACAUUUGGACGAAUAUCAUGAAGCGGUGGAUGAUUAUCUGGAUGAUGAGAAUAGGAAGGCGAGGUUGACUUCGAAAGGGAGGUGGUUGUGGAGACUGUAUUAUUGGUUAGCCUGAUCGCGCUAGGUUACUUUUCAUGUAUGAUAUUGUUUUCUUGGAUUUUUGCUGUUGUAU